AUGACUCAAUUUACUCUAGAGCAACUUGCAGCAGCUCUUUCGGUCCUUGGCAUCUCCGUACCAGUUAUGGAUGCUUCUCAUGUCCCCGAUGUCCAUGCAAACGCUUCUGCUCAGGCAGCGCCUGGGCCACUGCAGACCACUAUACACUGUGCAAACUGCAGUUACCCAAACGCCAUUAACAUUUCUGCAGUCCCGACCUUGAUGGGCGUCCCGCUCCCGCGCAGCAGAGUGGGAGGACAGACUUCGUCGCCUGCCCUUGCGACUAGUGCUACGCUACGUGUUCCUUCGGUCCCCAUCCGCUCUCCUGCGGGACCUACUCCCGUUGUCCAUCCGACACCCACCCCCACUUCCUAUGCCCAUCCCGCUCCUGUUCCCGUCGCUCAGGCCAACCCCGCUCCUGUUCCCAUCGCUCAGGCCAACCCCGCUCCUGUUCCCGUCGCUCAGGCCAACCCCGCUCCUGUUCCCAUCGCUCAGGCCAACCCCGCUCCUGUUCCCGUCGCUCAGGCCAACCCCGCUCCUGUUCCUGUCGCUCAGGCCAAUCCCGCUCCUGCACCCAUUUCCACUGACUCAUCCUCCGCAGUACCUCAGUCGGCUACAGCGUCCAUCACCACUGGUCCUGAUGGACCUUGGUAUGUCGUAUCGAAAGGCCGGGAUGUGGGGGUUUUCCGUGGUUGGCAGCAGAUUAGCAAUUUAGUGACGGGUGUAGGUAGAGCAUGUUUCUUUCGUUGCUCGACGCGCGCUGCUGCUCAAGUAGCAUUUAACGAGGCGCUUGCCGCAGGAGCUGUUGAGAUCCUUUGA